AUGGCGACGAGAAAUCGCACUCUGCUUUUCAGAAAACACAGAGAUGCGUUGAAGAGUGUUCGUGUUCCCUCCAUCUCUUCGCCGCAGUCCACCUCCACCCGUGGCGGCGGUGGCCCCGUCAUCGAGUUGGUCAGCACCUCGCUCCUCAAUCCCAACCGCUCUUACGCUCCGCUUAGUACCGAGGAUCCCAGCCAUUCGAGGGGUCCAAAUGCAAUCAAUGUGGGGCUACCUCCCGCGUGGGUGGAUUUAUCUGAAGAAAUAUCGGCAAAUGUACAACGUGCACGCUCAAAAAUGGCGGAAUUGGCCAAGGCUCAUGCAAAGGCAUUGAUGCCGUCAUUUGGAGAUGGAAAAGAAGACCAACAUGCUAUCGAGACCCUAACACAUGAGAUAACUGACUUAAUAAAGAGGUCGGAGAAGAGACUCCGGAGACUUUCUGCUUCUGGACCUUCUGAGGAUUCCAAUGUCAGGAAAAACGUGCAGCGAUCUCUUGCUACUGACCUUCAGAACCUCUCUGUUGAGCUCCGCAAGAAACAAUCAACUUAUUUAAAGCGUCUCAGAUUGCAAAAAGAGGGUCAAGAUGGAGUUGAUCUAGAGAUCAACUUAAAUGGAGGUAAAUCAAGAUAUGAAGAUGAUGAUUUGGAUAAUAUGGUAUUUAAUGAGCAUCAAAUGGCCAAGCUGAAAAAAAAUGAAGCAUUCACAGUAGAAAGAGAAAAAGAGAUCCAACAGGUUGUGGAAUCUGUGAACGAGCUUGCUCAGAUCAUGAAGGAUUUAUCAGUACUAGUCAUAGACCAGGGAACAAUCGUCGAUAGAAUAGACUACAAUAUUCAAAAUGUUGCAACCACAGUUGAGGAUGGCCUUAAACAGCUGCAGAAGGCAGAGAGAACUCAAAAAAAGGGGGGUAUGAUAAUGUGUGCUACUGUGCUUGUCAUCAUGUGCUUCGUAAUGUUGGUUCUCUUAAUCAUUAAGGAAAUUAUAUUGUGA